UCUCACACUACCAUUUCUCUCCAAUUUCGAAAUUUAAUUUUUGAAAUUUUCUCUUCUUCUCUCUGAGAUUACUGCGACUACGAACCACGUUCUUCGUUUCCAGACCUCUGCGAAAAUGGUUGUGAUUCAGAAGCUGAAGGAAGCAGAGAUUACUGAGCAGGACUCGCUUCUUCUGACUCGGAAUCUGCUUCGUAUUGCUAUCUUCAACAUCAGUUACAUCAGAGGACUCUUUCCUGAGAAGUAUUUCAACGAUAAAUCGGUUCCUGCUUUAGAUAUGAAGAUUAAGAAGCUGAUGCCUAUGGAUGCUGAAUCACGCCGGUUAAUUGACUGGAUGGAGAAAGGAGUCUACGAUGCGCUUCAGAGGAAAUAUUUGAAGACGCUCAUGUUCUGCAUAUGUGAAACAGUUGAUGGUCCGAUGAUUGAGGAAUACGCUUUUUCUUUCAGCUACUCGGCUUCUGACAGCCAAAAUGUCAUGAUGAAUAUCAAUCGUACUGGAAGCAAGAAAGAUGGAGGAACAUUUAACUCCACUGCUGACAUUACCCCAAAUCAAAUGAGGAGUUCAGCUUGCAAAAUGGUUCGUACACUAGUCCAGCUGAUGAGGACUCUUGACAAAAUGCCAGAUGAGCGCACCAUAGUGAUGAAGCUUCUGUACUACGAUGAUGUGACGCCACCAGAUUACGAGCCACCUUUCUUCAGAGGCUGUACAGAAGAAGAAGCUCAGUAUGUAUGGACAAAGAAUCCUCUGAGAAUGGAAAUUGGGAAUGUUAACAGCAAACAUCUUGUCUUAACGCUAAAGGUCAAGAGCGUGCUUGAUCCUUGUGAGGAUGAAAAUGAUGAUAUGCAAGAUGAUGGCAAGAGUAUUGGACAUGAUUCUGUACAUGAUGAACAGCCUUCUGAUUCAGAUAGCGAGAUCAGUCAAACACAAGAGAAUCAAUUCAUUGUGGUGCCAGUAGAGAAACAAGAUGAUGAUGAUGGAGAGGUCGAUGAAGACGACAACACACAGGAUCCAGCUGAAAAUGAACAGCAGUUGGCAAGGGUGAAGGACUGGAUCAACUCCCGUCACCUCGAUACUCUGGAGCUCACAGAUAUUCUAGCAAACUUCCCAGAUAUCUCCAUAGUUCUAUCUGAAGAAAUCAUGGAUCAGCUCGUGAAAGAUGGUGUUCUUUCGAAAACUGGGAAAGACACGUACACUAAGAAGCAGAAACCAGAGAGUGAAUUCACCUUUGUGAAAGAUGAAGCUGAUGAUGAAAUUGCUCCAAAGAAGGGGAAACCUGUAGCUCCUGAAGACUACUUGUACAUGAAAGCUCUAUAUCAUUCUCUUCCGAUGAAAUAUGUGACUAUUACGAAGCUUCACAACAUGCUGGAUGGUGAAGCCAAUCAGAAUGCAGUUCGUAAAUUAAUGGACAGGAUGACCCAAGAGGGCUACGUGGAAGCUUCUAGCAACCGCAGGCUAGGGAAACGUGUGAUUCAUUCUAGUCUAACUGAGAAGAAGCUAUAUGAAGUCAGAAAGGUUUUUGCCACAGAUGAUAUGGACGUGGAUGAUAACGAAGCUAUUGACAAGACCAACGGCAAAUUGGCCAAAGGAACCGGAGAUGUAUCUACGUGUGGAGGUAUCCACUCCAUAGGAUCAGACUUCACACGUACGAAAGGAAGAUCUGGGAUGCAGCCGAAUGGCUCAGUUCUAAGCGAACAGACUAUCUCUAAAGCAGGGAACACUCCCAUUAGCAACAAGGCACAGCCUGCGGUAUCGAGGGAGAGCUUUGCAGUAAACGGAGGGGAUGCUAAAGAAGCCGAGACAGCCAACUGUAGCCAAGCCUCACAAGACAGGCGUUGCAGGAAGACCAGCAUGGUGAGAGAGCCAAUUCUGCAGUACUCCAAGCGCCAGAAAUCUCAGGCUAAUUAAUUGAAGAUACCACCUCUCUAUCAGACACGUCAACCAACCACCUCCUCAGUGAUUUAAAUGAUAUUAUCUAUCUACUCCAUAACCUCCUCCUGACACACUCGCUUUGAUUGCUUUAUUUACCCCUAUGCGUUUGAGAAUAUUAUCACGCUUGUUUUCUUAAGUACUUUAGUAUCUUUAAAUGUUGCAAAGGUAAAAAACAAACUCCAACAACUUUGUUGGUGUUAUAUAAACAAAGUAAACCCUUCUUUAGUAAUUCUCCAGUGAUCUACAUUCUUAA